AUGCCGGAGAAGAUUAGUGAACACCCCGAUACCAUCGCUGGAUAUGACAUUGUGGUGGGCGUUUCCGAGGAGUCGGUGAAUGCGCAGCUCCAGAAGCUGUACGAUACGCCCAUUGUCUCUGCUUCUUUGCCUCCUCCUCGACGGUUGGCCAAGUUCCAAGCUCUUCCAGCGUCGAAGCAUCUGAUCAACCAUCGGAUGAGCCUUCAUAUGCUUAACAGCUUGAAGUCCUCGCCAGGGAAGUUGCGCUUUCGGCCGACCCUGGAAGCAAAGAUCUCCGAUGAUCCUGCGGCAAUGUACAAAAAGCCACAUGUGGAAAUCACCUUCGAGCGCAAUGAAAACGCGCCGGUCGGAACCGAGAAAGACAGUGUGCUUGUCUACUUGGACAGUGAAGAGGAUCCCCCAACGUACAAGAACAUGGUGAUCAACGGAUAUACAAUUGCGUGGACCGUCAAAAUUGCCCGCCGCGACGUCCAGGACGUGAUGAAUGAUAUUAUUCUUGCCUCCCGUUCCUCUGACGACCCGGCUCAGGCGGCCCCUCGUGCCCAGUCGCAACUGGAAAAAUAUGUAGAUUCUCAAGUCUUCACUGUCUCAUCCAUCUUCUGUCUCUUUGAGGAGCAGACCAUGGUCGAGAGCUUUCGCUUGUUAGAUGCGGAGCGGAAUGUUGUGAUGGAAAAUCCCAACUACAGCCGAGAAGGACAAAUCAGCCACCGGGGACAAGACCCCGGUCUACUUCAAGCCGAACAGUUCAACAUGUCGGUCACCCCUGGCGAUGGCACGGCACAACAGUUCAUUACCACUUCGGGUACCCUGAAUUUCUGCAUGCUCACGCAGCGACCUGGACUUGAUGGGGACAAGAAAGUCGAAGUGGACGAAACGGACUUCAAUGCCGGUGUCAUCAAGCGCAAUUUCUUCGACAUCACCAAGAGCAUGGGGAAAACAACCGACACGCGAGGAUAUAUCCAGGGACAUGACGGCAUCAUGGCCUUUUCCAAGGAGUUGUUUCAUAAUAUGUGGUUGCGCGAUUUACUGAAAGACUUGAAGUUUGACCCCGUCAAAGUCUAUCGACCGGUUCUCGCCAAGGCCUCUUUCGGAGAUCCGACCCCGGAGGAUCAGGUUUGCGUGAGGGUCAGAGUAGAUUCAGAAGAAAAGCGGCUGAAUGGUUGGUGCAGCAAGAAAGUGUGGAAGAUGGAUGCUGUGGAUGUCAACGGGAUUGGCUGGGAUCCAUACAGUAGACGGCAAUUUGCUCUAGGCGAUUGUUCUAUCGAGGUAAAAUUUUCGAGUGACAAGGUUGCCACAGUCCGAGAAGGUAUUACCCAAGCUCGACGUCUCUAUAUCGAUAUUGACAUCCGAAACACUGUCACAUAUGUGUACCAAACGAAAGGAGCCAAUAGUAUCAUGGAGAGCCCGUCUAAAACUGCGAAUUGGUGGAAUGACGAACGUAAGCGCGGCUACAACGCGAACGAGUUAUUCAGCCCUGGCGCCUCGAGUAUCAACGCAUGGUUAAAUGCACGGACCGUGCAAAGCGAGAUGAGGUCGCUGAUCCGUGUCGUGGUUCACCCGGGAAGUGUCGGUCAAUUUGACGUGUCCGUGGACGAGAACGCCAGCAAGAACCUCCUCCAUCCUGGUAAGGGAGUGACAUGGACAAAUUUUGAUGGCCAAGAGUAUGGCAACUUUUCUAAGUUCGAGACGCACCACACCUUCACGGAUUUUGGAAAGAAAGACUUGAACGCCAGAUUUGAGCACUCUCUCACGGGAUGGGGAGACACUACCGCCUCCACGGUACAGGAAAGGCUGAGGGGCUUGUUCAAUGGGCCGGGGACCACGAUUAUCAUGCCUGCAGGUGAUGUCUUUUCCUAUGCAGGCCUGGAGGUCGAUGAUCAGGGCAAUCUAUAUGCCCAGAUCAAUUAUGCCAAUGAGGGGAAGGUCCAGGUCAACAAGAAGUGA